GUUAUGGGCAACCCUGAGCCACUUGGAGGUUUUACCAAAUUGGAGGGGAAGGCUCUGAUAGAUGCCCAGCAGUUAUUGAAUACCGCUCUGGCUAAAAUGGCUUCCGGAGAUGGACCUCAUUACCACCUCUUGCGGGUCGUGGAAGCCUACUCUCAGGUGGUUGCUGGCACCUCCUACAAAUUCACCGCCGUGCUGAUCGACGAAAGAGACGUUCAGAAGAUAUGCGAAGUGGACGUCUUGAAUCGCAUCUUUAACCUACCAAUGGAGGUCACUGUCAGGUGCCCCAAUGAGGCCGAACUGACCAAGCAGCAAAGUGCCUAAAGAUAAAAAAUGAAAGUGUAUACAA